UUUAUUAACAAAAGACCACCUAAAGGAGGGAAGACCCAUAAUGAACAAUAAGUCACAAAGAAUGAAGACCAGAAGCGUAUCCCAGAAGGAAAAAGACAAGGAAUACACAUGCCAAUACUGAAGGAAACGAUUCAAGAUCAAGAGACGUAAAGAUGAGCAUGAGAAGAGCAGACAUCCAGACCGUUUCCCUUUCAAAUGCUUUUCAAAGACCUGUAGUAUGAUAUUUAGGAGAAAAAGUAAUUAUGUCCAGCAUCUUAACUAUAAACACCCAGAGGUAGACAAAGCUAAGCUCUUUGGGAAGAAGGGCUCUGAUUCUUCACAAUUUCAAUCAAAGAACAAAUCUUCGUUGUCCAUUGUCUCAAUGAGUGAUAGAAGCUUAUCACAAUUAGUCUCAUCAGGUAUAAAAUCAGAGUCGUCAUCUCAUCAGUCUGUCCUGAAAUCUUUAAAAUCUCUUCGCUCAAGUAAAAUUCCGAGCCCGGUUACUUCUUCAUUGAAAUCUUCUGAAGGAAAGAAAUCUCCGAGCAGAGACUCCAAGAUUCAUAGAGAAGAGAAUGAGUUUUUCUUCUCUCCUGAAGAGAAGGAGCUCAAGGAAAUUCUGAACAAGUCUAUCCAAAAACUCAAGAAUAGAGAUAAGAGUCCUGAAACCCCACCUUUUAAGAGAGUACAGACUCCCAAGAAAAAGCAGUUGAAGAAAUACAAAGAAAUCUCCACUGAGCAUAAAGAAUUAGCCAGCGAAGUGCUUUCUUACUCAAGUGUAAAUGCAUCUGAAAGCUCUGAAGAACAAAUUAAGGAAUCUAGUGAACUUCUCUCAAAGAUAAAAAGCGAAGUAGACAUCCGUAAGAACUUGAUGCAAAAGUAUAAAAUGGUUCAAACCGAUGAUACUAAAUAAGUCUCAACAGAGUUCUAAGAAGAGGAGUAAAAAUAUGACUGAAAAGAUUAAAGACAAGAGAACCAAAGUUACUCGAUCGAUCCUUGACUUCUUCACUAAGCCUCCCACUUCUAAUUCAAUGGUAGGAGAAAGCCAGAUAGGCAAUGAAAGGGAUGAUAAGGAUAGGGAUUCAACAGAGAUAGGUAAAGACAAAUGCAAUCAAGCGAGAAAUUUUCAGAAGAAUGCUUCUACACAACAAUCAGAAAGCACACGCUGAAGCCUAAGUCAAAAAGAACCCGGAGGCAGGUCAAAUCCACUCGCCAGGCAUCUACCUCCUCCACAAUCCCCAAAUCUUACAGAAGAAAAUGCCCGAAGGAAAAUGCCAAGUCCGGCUGACCUCCCUCAAAUUUUGAAGCCCUCACCUAUUAAUUUCUCUGAGAAUAGCGAGCAGAAGAGCAUGUCGCAGGAGUCGAUUCAUCUGAAUGUGCAGAAGUCACAGGGUCAAGCAGUCCCUCUCUGGCUAGUAAAAUACCACUUCCAGAUGCUCCUAAACAGCCACAACCUAAUCAAUGACUAAAGUCCUUCC